GUCAAAAUUCAUAAAUUUCCAUGCUUGUUUGUUUAUUUUGAUUGAAAUUUCAUAAAAAAUUAAUUUAAAAUGAAUAAAAGAGGAAAACGCAAGACAGAAUUAGUUUUCAACAAUGAAAAACGAAUUGAAUUCUUAUCCGGCUUCAGCAAACGCAAGUCAGAGAGAAAAACCAAAGCAAAACUUGCUUUACAGAAACGUAUGAAGAACGAGUUGAAACGCAUCCGAAAAGAAACAAAAGAAGGAAUUAAGAAAAAUUGCAAAUCCUUCGAACCCAUCAAAUUCCCCCAAUUUGGCGAUUCAGACGAGGAAAAUGACGAAAACGAAGAAAUAAUCGAGGAUGAUCAAGUCACGGUUUCGGUAAAAACUCUCGGUGUCGACGAAUUAGCACAAAAACACAACUGGAUCGGGCAAAAUAAGGGAUUUGUCGUCGAAUCUGAGGAGAGUGAGGCUGAAAAUGAAGGCGAAACAAAUGUCAUUCCAGGCUUUGGCGGAGACGAAGAAGAUGAACAAAAGAAAUCUACGGAAAAGAAGGCGAAAAAGGAAGCUCCUGUCAAAAAAUACGAAUCUAAGAAGGAUAUUGACAAAGAAAUGAAAAAGAAAACCAUGAAAGCCUUGAAGAAAAGUAAAACUUUUAAAGAGAAAAAUCGCGCGAAACGUUCAAAGGAUCGUCAAGUAUCGCGUCGCGUGAAACAUUUCAAGGAAAAGACUAAAAGUAAGUCGAAACAUGCGUUCCGUGAUAAAAGACGUGCGAAAGAGCAAUAAAUAUUUUUUGUAUUUUCUGAAAAUUA